AUCUUUAAAAUAAGAUAGGUGGAGAGGGUGAGAGAUCGAGACCAUAAUUUAGUAGUGAAUUGGCAAAGCUUUUUAUCUAGUGCCAUGCCAGCACAUGGUCUGAAGUCACUGUAUUAAUUAGGAGAUGUUUUGGCAAUUGGCUCUCUUUUAAGUCUCCUAUCCCAUGUUCUGUUUUUCAACGCUCUUCACAAAACAAAGUGGGUAGAUCAGAGUCGAGAGGGUGAGCAAACAUAUAUGGCAUCGUCAAGAGGCGGUGGUGAACCGCUGAGUCCGGCGGCACAAUUGUUCCUCGCUCCAUCCUUCAAUUGUUAUGUGAUUGCUAUGAUGGGUUGCAAAACAAAGAUCAAUCCUCAAGUCAUAAAAGAAGGUUUAUGUCAAACUCUUCUUAAGCAUCCUAGAUUCACCAGCAAGCUCGAGGUGAGGAAGGGAAGGAAUACCGGAUGGACGUUAACAACAGUUAACUUAGAUGACCAUGUCAUAGUUCCUGAAAUAGAUUCUGUAAUAGAUUUCCCAGAUAGGUUUGUUGAAGACUACGUAUCCAAUCUCACUAAAACUCCACUGGACUUGUCCAAACCACUUUGGGAACUACACAUCCUCAACAUCAAAACCACAGAUGCUGAGGCAGUUAGCAUUUUUCGGAUCCAUCAUUCCAUGGGGGAUGGUGCCUCUCUCAUAUCGCUCCUCCUUGCUAUUACUCGUAAAACCUCUGACCCUGACGCGUUACCAACGAUCCCAACCCAUAAGAGAGCUAGCUCAAUUUCACAAUCCAACUCUUUCUUGUGGUUCUUCAUGGCAGUCUGGUGGGGUUUGGGCCUUAUUUGGUACACUGUGGUGGAUAUGGUUCUUUUUGUUUUAACCAUUUUCUUCAUCAAAGACACCCAAACUCCUCUAAAAGGUGCACCUGGAGUCGAACUCAAUACUAAGCGGUUCGUGUAUCGCACGGUUAGUAUGGAUGACAUCAAGCUUGUGAAGAAUGAGAUGAAAACGACCAUCAAUGACGUUUUGUUAGCUGUAACACAAGCUGGUCUUGCUCGCUACUUAAAUCGAGAAUAUUGUGCAGGUGCUAAUGGGGCUGCAGAAUGGAAUUCAAGUAGUAUCCUUAAGAAAAUUCGCCUUAGGGCAGCAAUUCUUGUCAAUAUUAGACCUGUAGCUGGAAUCCAGGAUAUGGCAGAUAUGAUGGCUGAGAAAUCAAAAGCCAAAUGGGGUAAUAGGAUGGGAUACGUAAUCCUCCCGUUUUCCAUGAGUUUACAUGAAGAUCCAUUAGAAUAUGUUCGCCAAGCUAAGGCCACAAUUGACCGGAAGAAGCACUCAUUGGAAGCUGUUUGCACUUAUGUUUGCGCAAAAUUGUUACUCAAUUUAUUUGGGGUAAAGGUUGCUGCUUCCAUAGCACGAAGAGUUCUCUUUAACACCACUGUGGCCUUCUCAAACGUGCCAGGUCCGGUUGAAGAGAUUAGCUUCUAUGGCCAUCCUUUGGCAUACAUUGCUCCUAGUGUGUACGGACAUCCUCAUGCACUCACUAUCCAUUACCAAAGUUAUGCUAAUAAGAUGACAAUUUCUCUCUCAGUGGACCCGAUUGUCAUUACAGAUCCCUACCUCUUGUGUGAUGAUUUACAGGAAUCACUCAAACUCAUUUGUGAUGUUUUUCGGGGAAGGCAUAUUGACAAUGUAUAAGCUUGACAAUAGAUAAUCUAGUUGAGCAUUUUUUAAAUGAAAAUGAUUUAUGGAGAUACAGAUUUUUGCCACAUCUAUCUGAUAUACCAUUUAGUAA